AUGGUGAGCAAGGCGGAGAUGGGGGAGCUGAGGGCGGCGGAGAAGUCGUCCACCUUCUCGGUGACCUGCAGCCGCCUCAGACGGUACCUCAAGGAGAAGGGCAGCCUCGGGGAUCUGAGCCUCAGCCUCUCGGCCGCCGCCGGCGACAGAUCCGCCGCGGCUGCGGCGACGGCGGCGCCCCCCAUCGGAGGCAUCGGUAAGAACCUAUCCGCUCUCUGUCUGUCUGUCUCUCUUAGUCUUCCUGUGUAUGCACGUAUCUGCGGAUGAUUCGGUUCGGUUAUUAUUUUCCUGUCUCUCGAUUUCUCCUGCGGUUUGAAUUUGUGUGGCGCAUGAUCCGUUUUCCGAUGGUUGCAAUGGAAAUUGGAUGUUCUGAUGGAUUAGGACGGCGCUACACCGGUUUGGGAUUAUUUUCCGUCUGUUGAUUCUGGCGCGGACCAGGAAUUGGCUGUUUCUUUUCGUGCCGCUCAGUUUGAAUGAUCAUUUUUUCUCCCUGAACGUAGAUAUCCGAUCUGGAAUGAAAAAUUGAUCCUCUCCUGGAACAAAACCCUAAUUCCACCCCAACGACCGCUCCUGAUUCAAACAGUUUGGGAGAUCAGGAGCUUACGUCCCCCGGUGCCUUGUUCCUCGUGUAUCAAACGCUCAAAUCCGCACGAGUAGUGUAAUAGACGGCUGUGGAAUUUGGUCUUUCGAAGGACUAUCUAUGCUGGCCACCUGAAUCGACCUUCGGAGUCCCUCUGGUCUGGUCUGCUCCCGUGAAUCAUCAGACGUCUACCGAAAACGGGCCGAUUUCUCACCGCUCUUCGUCCUCCUGUUCUAUCAGCUCUUCAAAUCUUCAAACGCCGGUCCUGAUUCUUCUUUCGUCUCUAGAAAAAUUUAAGCCGGAGGCUCUGCAGACCAUGAAUCUUAUGCCUGGUGUGGAGGUCUCGGGCGAGGACGACGAGCGGAAGGGCCACACGCCGUCGAUGGACGUCAUCCCCCAGUCCGGCGGCGCCGUCGCGUCCUCCGAUAGGAAGGCCGACGAGACAAGGUUCCCAUCAGCCCUCUCCUUCUUCAAAAUCUGGUUUGGAAAAUUGAGCAGCUCCAUGAACGAACGAUCUUCAACAUCUUAUUGCAGGGAAGAUCAGAAGGGGCAGAUGACGAUAUUCUAUGCGGGGAGGGUCGUCGUCUUCGACAACUUCCCUGCGGGGAAGGCCGGAGAGCUGAUGGUUAUGGCGAAACAGAGCUGUCCCGCAGCCACCCAGCGCGUCCGAGUCGAAGCUCCUGCACCAGUGCUGCCACGGCCCAACAUUGGCCCAUCGCCGGCCUCCACCUCUGAAGCUGCGGCCGCCACGGCUGCUCCGGUUGCAGCGCAGGUAGCCCCCCAGAAGCCACCGCAAGCAGCUGGCUCAGGUAAUUCUCUCUCGAUUUCUUGUGAUGUCUUGAAGUGGAUAGAUCGAGGACAGAAAAAAAACAAGAGAGAUCUGCGAUUACACCCAUUCAUCUCGAGCUGAAUGAUCCUAUUGAGGGUAUCGGAGCUUCAGAUUCUCGAUAGAGUCGGCCAUGGUCGAUCUGUAAACCUGUUAGAUUGUGCUCAUGGUGGAUCGAUCGAUGAAUUGUGGGUACUCUUCCUUGCAGAUCUUCCCAUCGCGAGAAGGGUUUCGCUCCACCGAUUCCUGGAGAAAAGGAAAGACAGGUUAGUGAACGACCUUCCGCCCCCCCCCCCCUUGCUGCCAUCAUAUUCUCCGACGAUCUUUCAAUUCAGUUCAUCGACUCAUCUAAGGAAAUUCUCCUCCUCCGCAGGAUCAUCUCCAAGGCGCCGUACCCGGUGAGCGGGUCAUCGGCGGCCGGCAAGCCGGAGGAUGGCGGGAAGUGGCUCGGCCUGGCGGCGCCGCCGGUUCCGCCGUCCGGGGAGCUCCGCCUGCAGGGGUAG